CGGUGGCGGCGGCCGGGAUUCCCUGCCCGGGCUCGGCGCGGUGCCGCGGUGCCUCCGUCCUUCCCUACCCUUCCCUUCCUUUCCCUCCCGUCCCGUCGCCGCCGGCCGAGCCCCUGCGGCCCCGCGCUCCCCCGCGGCUCCCGCGCUAGCACCGGGGCUCCCCGGCGGGCACACUCCUGCCGCUCUCCCCGCUCCUGCCCCGGCUGCGGCGGGGCGUGAGUCCACGGCCGGCAUGAAAGUCACGUCCCUCGACUGCCGCCAGCUGAGGAAGCUCCUGCGGAAGGAGCCCUCCCGCUGCCUGGUGCUGGACUGCCGGCCCUACCUGUCCUACUCGGCCUCCUGCCUCCGCGGCUCGCUCAACGUCAACCUCAACUCGGUGGUGAUGCGGAGGGCCCGCGGCGGGGCCGUGCCGCUUCACUUCGUGGUCCCCGACGCGGCGGCCCGCGCCCGGCUGCUGCUGGGCGGCGAGGGGGCGGCGGGGACCGCCCGCCUGGCAGCCGUGGUGGUGCUGGACCAGGGCACGGGGCACUGGCAGAAGCUGAAGAAGGACAGCACGGCCCAGAUCGUCCUCAACGCCCUGCUCUCCAGCCUGCCGGAGGCCGGGGCCAGGGUCUGCUUCCUGAAAGGGGGAUACGAAACCUUUAACUCGCAAUAUCCUGAGUGCUGUGUGGAUGGAAAACUCAUUUCCCUGGAGAGGACUGAGGCGGAGAGAAACAUCGCCAGCCACUGUGAGAAGCAGAGUGCCAACCACAAACCCGCUUACGACCAGGGCGGGCCAGUCGAAAUCCUGCCUUUUCUCUACCUUGGUAGUGCCUAUCAUGCUUCCAAGUGUGAGUUUCUUGCCAACCUGCACAUCACAGCCCUGCUCAAUGUCUCCAGGAAAAGCUCGGAGUCCUUCAAAGACCAGUAUUGCUACAAGUGGAUCCCAGUGGAGGACAGUCACACAGCGGACAUCAGCUCACACUUCCAGGAAGCCAUCGACUUCAUCGAUUAUGUCAGACGAACAGGGGGCAAGAUUCUGGUGCACUGUGAAGCGGGGAUUUCACGCUCUCCCACCAUCUGCAUGGCGUAUCUCAUGAAGACGAAGAAGCUCCGCCUGGAGGAAGCCUUCGAUUACAUCAAGCAGCGCCGAAGCCUGAUCUCACCAAACUUUGGCUUCAUGGGCCAGUUGCUACAAUACGAGUCGGAGAUCUUGUCUUCCACUCCCAACCCCCCCGUUGCCUCGUGCAAAAGAGAAGCUGCAUCAUUCUUUGCAGAAGAACUGACAUUAGGCAAAAACUUCGAAGGCUCAUGUUUCGCCUUUCCUACCUCAGUGUUGAGUUCUGUGCCCAUCCACUCUCCCGUCCACCAGCUGAAACUCAGCCCGAUGACGGCAUCUUCGUCCUGCUGAAUGCCCUGGGGAGACUGGAGCUGGUGCGGUCCUCUGAUCCUAACUGUGACCCCAACGAGAACAUUUCAUGAACGUGCAAUAGAGAAACCUCAUUGACUUAGUCUGAGAUGGAGUGGUUGUCGUGGGUCAUACUUCCUGUAUGCUGUGACUGUAAGACGCAAGUGCUCUAAGUGUGGCAGGUUUUCUGAACUUCUAUUGUCCUUUUUUAAAAAAAAAAGAAAAAGUGCUUUUUUAGGUUUUUAUCCACAGAGCGUGCACCCACUACUGUAUUUCCAGAUUCCUGGGGAGCAAUGAGAAAUCCAUUUAGUAUGUUCUCGGUUCCCAUCUCCUCCCCUUCUUAUUUUUUAAAAGACCCUUAUUUAAAGUUUCAAGCAAUAAACGGCAGCAGUGGGGAAGAAAGCAAAAUGAAAAGCACCACCUUUGCAACUACAGAGGUGGUGGGAGUGAAUAUUCAUUCUGCUUUUUCUCCGGCUUUCCUCCUCCCCUCUCCUGUGUCAUGUUUCAGGCAGCAAAGGGCUGGGGUGGCGGGAGGGAGCUCCUUUCCCAGGACACUGUUGCACAACCAGGUGAAAAUCCCCUCCUGCUCCAGCCUCUGAAGUGUCAGGUAUUGACCACAGUGUAACUGGAUACCAAACCAGACCGUGGAUCCAUUCAGGUGUGACAUUUCCUGUACUUCUGCAUUUGCCUUUGUACUGGAUGUGCUUUUAACUAAAGCGGGGGACUUAACCAAAGCUAUCCGGCUACCCUGCUGAGCUAUUAUCCUCCCAUCUGUUAUUUAAGAACAGCCCUAGAAUACUUGAAUGUCUCCACAAUCCUCAUCCAAGUUACUUCCCAUCAGAUAACACUGUAACUGCUGGAUUUUACACCAAAAAAACCUGACAAGCUCGGCUCCAAGCCAACUCUUCCUUUAUCUCUUCCCAAGUGUUCCCGAUGUGUAUCGUGUGUGGUCAAGUGGUCUUGUUCAGUGUUAAGUGGCUUGCUUAGCGAGUGUGGUCACCUCUAGCCAGCCUUUGUCCCUGAAAACCAGUUUCUCUCUCGCUCGUAUUGGCUUCUGUGUCUGCAAGGAGUCCUGAACGAGCAUCUCUCUUUGUCUGUUGACCUUUUUACUUUUUUAAAUAUGUAAUAUGUAUGGGAAAUGGCAAUAAUUUCCAGGAGAUCUCGUGAAUGUGAAAGAAAACCUGCAAUGGUUUUUAUGGAGUGUAAAAAAUAAUAAAGGAAAAAAAAAAGCCAGGAAAA